GGUUCCAUUCACAGAUACCUUCAUUGGUUUCUAAACAGUAAAUAGAAAAAAACACAGAGAGCUCAAGGAAAUAGCAUCAAUGGCGACCAAGGUUUACAUUGUUUACUAUUCUACGUACGGACAUGUUGAGAAGCUGGCACAUGAGAUUAAAAAAGGAGCAGAUUCUGUGGAAGGAGUUGAGGCCAAACUCUGGCAGGUACCUGAGACUCUAACUCCAGAGGUUCUUGAGAAGUUAGGAGCACCUCCAAAGAGUGACGUACCAGUAAUUACGCCUAAUGAAUUAACUGAGGCAGAUGGCUUCUUGUUUGGUUUUCCUACAAGAUUUGGACUCAUGGCUGCUCAGUUCAAAGCAUUCAUGGAUGCAACCGGAGGAUUAUGGCGAACUCAGGCACUCGCCGGAAAGCCCGCCGGGAUCUUUUACAGCACCGCCUCUCAAGGAGGUGGACAAGAAACUACCCCACUCACAUCAAUUACUCAAUUGGUUCAUCAUGGGAUGAUGUUUGUGCCAAUUGGAUACACAUUUGGUGGAGGCAUGUUUGAGAUGGAGCAAGUGAAAGGUGGUUCUCCUUAUGGUGCCGGUACUUUUGCUGGGGAUGGCACCAGACAGCCCACUGACUUAGAAUUGGCUCAAGCUUUUCAUCAAGGAAAGUACUUUGCUGCCAUAGCCAAGAAGCUCAAAUCAUCUCAGUGAAGUAAUCAUUUGUGUUUCCCAUACUAGUAGCAAGAAAAGUGGCUUGUAUUAUUGUUAUUAUCUGCAUGAGUUUAUACAUUCAGUAUCUGGUUAUUCCUGUGUUGCCAAACAGAUCAAUAAGAUGUUUCCCCGGGAGGGGGGGGGGGAGAGUGAGAGAGUAUGAUAUAUCAUAGUAUAGUUACGUUGUUAUUGUCAAAGUUUGUCAUUAUAUUGAAAUUUGAGUAACUUUGCAUUAUUAAUAUAUAUGUGUAUGUAUAUGCAUAUGUAUGCUUGUGCUGUGUUGUUCUUCAUUGACUUGCAAUUAAGAGUUUUAGUGAGGUGGUAUAUAUAUGUAUUUGCUGUGUAACCGAUAAGAGAAUAUUCGAUUUGGGUCCUUUAAUAUGAAA